GCAAGUGACUAAGGAUUUCGUUACAAAAUCAAAUACAAAAAAAAUUUGGCAAAUCGAUGAAAACUUGCUCUUGAGUUGAUAGAAAAAUGUCAGUUGUUUAACGUCGAAAAUGGGAGUUUUAGAAAUAGAUCAGCGCCUAAGCACGAUUAUGGAAACAGCGCCAACGAAUUUAACAAUUGAAAAGCCCGUCGCCAGUGAUGUGCAUAAGUGCUCGGAAAAUAUUGAAGAAAUGCAUGUCGAGUUCACGAAAUCCCUAGAAAUCGACAAAAAUAACGGUGAAAAUAGUAAUGCAUCAAAGCUACCACUCCCGGUUGGUGAAACAAAGAUACAACUCAGUUUCAGUGUCGAUCGUUUAUUAAAUAUCGAAGAAGCCCAUUCAAAUGGUAGUAGUAGUGCUAAUCAGGAGUCGAAUGAAGUUUGUGAAAGUGGGAAAAAUACCAAUACCAGCGCAGUGAAGUGUUUUGAUGGUGCGAAUAUGUGUGCAUAUGGUUCGUGUACGGAUCCAAACUGUGCGGCUCUGUUAGGCGGUGCAAAUGACAUGCAACUCGACAAUACGUCGCGAAAUUUAAAAAAAUUUUCCGUUUCGGCGCUCACCAAUGAGAUGCAAGAGAAGUUUUAUCGACAAAUGCCGUCUUUGGCGCCGCCAUAUUUGGAUUUUAAAGCGAUCGUGCGACCGACACCGAUUCGGGUGGUCAAUAAUGGGCGUGAGACUGUGCAGCUGCACGCUCCAUACUCCGCGUUGGCCACAUCUGCCCUUCUGCGCUUCCAACAACAACAGCAACAAAAAUCCAUUGCAACACAUGCACAAAUACUUGUCAAUUCGCCAGGAAUGUUGCAAAAUCUGAGUGGUACAGGUGUUGGUACCGCUGUCAGUCUCGGCCUUAAAUCUUUCCACAAUCCCACAAUGAAUAUGCAAAACUUUGCUCCACCGACGCUGUCGGUACGUUUCCCCACGUUGAAGACACAUGCGCAUCAUUUAUUGGACAUUCCUAUGAGUACCGCUAGCCUUAUAAAUCACCACAGACAACACCAUCCUCACCAUGGGACGCAAACGACGAGCCUUACAUCAAGCCACGCCGUCGCCAGCAACACCUCCCCACAACUACAACUAACAACUGCGAGCGGCAGUAGUAUUAGUAUGAGUAACAGCAACAAUAGUGGCACUAGUGCGAGUGGUAGCAGUGGCGGCAGCAAACGAAAACGCUCGUGGUCGCGUGCAGUUUUCAGCAAUUUGCAGCGCAAAGGACUCGAAAUACAGUUCCAACAGCAGAAAUACAUAACAAAGCCCGAUCGGCGUAAACUCGCGGCCCGCCUCAACCUCACCGAUGCGCAGGUUAAGGUCUGGUUCCAGAAUCGUCGCAUGAAGUGGCGGCACACGCGUGAAAAUCUGAAAAGUGGCCAGGAGAAGCAAAUACCGUCAGCGUCUACAACUGCUGCGGCGUCCAGUCACAAACAAGAGAGUAGCGUGCAAGCGACUAAUGAUGAAAAGCACAUCGUGGACGGUUAUUCCAGCGACGAUUCGUCAUAUGGUGAAUUAAGUGAGAAUGAAGAUGAAAUUGACGUGGUGCAAUGA